AUGAAGGUGUUCGUGUUCCUCGCCAUCGCCGUCUUCACCGGUUGCCAUGGCAACGUGGUGCAGCCCAGGCAGACGGACAUGGUGAAGGACGCUUUCUGGGACUACGUCGCCAAGAUGACCAGCGCCACCGAGGACUCGCUGACGCAGAUCCGGCAGUCGGACCUGGGACAGGAAGUGAACACCCUCAUCGCCUCCAGCGGCGACGCCGUCGCCCGGUUCACCGACUCCCUGCGCACCCAGGUGGCUCCUCUGACCCAGGACCUCAUGACCAGGUUCACCCAGGAGGCCGACCAGCUGAAGAGCCGCCUGGAGACCGCCGUGGAGACCCGCCUGCAGCCCUACGCCCAGCAGCUGGUGGCCGACCUCCAGGCCAAGGUGGACGCCCUGAAGACGGACGCCGCCCCCUUGGUGGAGAGCAUGGACCCCGAGGCCCUGAGGGCCGUCCUGCUGCAGAAGAGCCAGGAGCUGAAGGAGGAGCUGGACCGGAGCGUGGCCCAGCUGCAGACCCAGAUGGUCCCCUACACCGAGGAGAUGAGGGAGAAGAUGCAGCAGAGCCUGGACGAGUUCCAGAGGAGCCUGGUCCCCAUGGCCCAGAGCUUCGAGACCCAGCUGCUGCAGAAGAGCCAGGAGCUCCAGCAGAACCUGAGCCCCUACGGGGAGGAGCUGAAGGCCAAGCUGGACGCCGACGCCCAGAACCUGAAGCAGCAGCUGACCGCUCUGUGGGACUCCUUCUCCAGAAUCGGCCAGUAA